GUGGACACCAUUAAUUUACUUAAAAGUGGGUCCAUGCAAAUUUGUAUAUCAUCCGAUAUCGAACGUUUUUAGUUCAAUUACUUUAGAAGUCGAUUGAUCCUUGGAUGAAUCGUUUAAUGGCCUUGCCCAAAUGGGAUUAUAUAUCAAGCGUAGUCUCUCCCUCCCUCUCCAGAAAAAGAAGAAAACACUGAAAUUAUAUACCUUCAAAGUUUGAAGAUGGCAGGGAAUUUGGGGAAGGAGGAUUCCAGUUCGGUUCAGGAUCUUCAAGAUCCAAGUAUCACCGCUCAUGCAUACACGUUGAAACACGCAGGCUCUGGUCAUAAGCGGCGCCAAGGUCCUGUUCAACAAGCAUCAUCUAGAGCUGGGAAGAAGCCCAAACGGGAUAUCGACAGAGAUCACCGUGAGAAAAAGAAGCAAGAGGUGGAAAAAUUUAAGGCAGAGACGGAAGAACUUAAGAAAGGCAAAUGCCACCUUGAAGGACAAGCAUUUAUUUUGGAAAAGCAUCUGAAGGAAACUAGAGAAGAAAAUACCAAACAGAAGAUCGAGCUACAGCGUCAAAGUGAUUCUAUACAUAAACUAGAGAAGCUGAUUGACUUAGGUGAGCAUCAUCAAAAAGAGAUUCGUGCCUUGAAAGAGGAACAUGCACAGAAAAUGCUGGAGCGCGACAGAGAGUGGAAUGCCUUAAAAGAGGAACUUGAACGGCAGAUGCAGUUCUGCAGCUCGUGGCACAUGGACAUCAGCAUACUGAGAACGCCGGGGAGAUGAACAACCCCAUGGAGACACCUGCCACUGCUCAGACCACCAGCUACUUCUUUAACUGUGAUCACUUCGCAUCCCAAAUGGCCUAACUCAGCAAGACAUGUAGCAGGGCUAAACAUUUUGAACUACUAAACCCUUAUUUUAUAUUUUUCGAAUUUGGAUUCCCCAAGUCCUCAAACUGUACAAAGAGGCAUGAAUAAUUGCAAGAUGGGCACCUUCUUUGUGAGCCUAUGUGGUAUUUUAUCAUAUGGGCUGGGCUCCUAUUAGAUAUUCUAUGUAUUAUGCAACCUUUUUAUUUAUUAUAUUUGUU